AGGGCCUGCUCAUGACGUUUGUACAUCUAUCGCGUGUAGCAAACCUUUGGACUGGAGUGCUUCCGAUGUUGGGCAAGUUUGCGAAUGGAGACGGGAAACGUAAACACAUAAGCUGGAUACCUGUCUUUUUGGGCUUCGUACUACUUGCCCCACUGCCUGCAUUACUUGUAGUUUUUGCCACAGCCUCCUCAUACGACCCAGAGUACCUCCGUUGUCACCUUGGAACAGACUGGAUGGCCCCUUUCGUGAUCGUGCCUCACAUACUUUCAAAGUUCUCUAGUCAUCGGACUCUUGCAGUGUCAUAUUUUUGCCUCCUUCUACUUUGUAUCCUCCUGUCCACGUCCCUUCGCCUGCUGGCCACUAUUGACAAUAUUUUGGACAUGUUUAUGGCAGCCGACAGUUUGAGAAGACAGAGACGGAAGGUACACUGCACGACCGUCCUUAUAGUCGUACUAUUUCUCAGUGUUCUGGGAAUUCCGAUGAUUUGCCGCUCUGGAUUCUUCUGGAUGCGACUGGUCGAAGCCUAUGCGGAGCGAUUAAUAGUGGUACUUGCAACCAUACAAGGUGUUGGUUUUCUCGUGGUUUACGCUCGGACCGAAGCAUCCGGAUAUGGACAAAAAGUGCGGUUGUUGAUUGUAAACGUGGUUUACGGGCUCCUGUUCUCUCUUGCUGCGAUCGUCUAUGCGUGGUAUGCCGUAAUCGCAACAAACACACCGACAGAUUCACAGUGUCACACUUACAGUCAGGCGCCGAAAGACGAUCCGCUAACGAACAAUUUUCAAUACCUCGGAUGGUUGAUUGCAGUUAGCCCGAUAGCGCUGGGGCUGUUGUACACCAUUGCGACGGUAUUCAAAAGAUCUCAGAAGGAAAAUCGGAAAUUUUGUGAAGUCAUAUGCAACGGUGAUGCAAGAAGAAAUGAACGGCGCUAUGUGGAACGUCCGGCGUAUUGUUCUGUUGCACAGGGCGAUGGACUUCAUGAUGUAACUUACCAGUGGGGUGAAUGAUGUCUGGAUUACACCGAUAUUGACUCCGUCCGUAUGGUGUGCCAAAAAAAGAGAGACCCUGUUUACUAACUACGUAUUUAUUCAGUGAAUUUUAUCUGUUCUUAAUAGUUGCAUAUGAAUAAUUUGGUACAAGAAAGCCUUCCCAGAAACUCCGUGUGAUGGGCAAGGUUGGUUGGCACACAGCCGGC